CAUUACUAUUCGAUGAUAUGAGAGACGAAUAGAGAAUGAAAAGACCCUAAAAACAUCGUUGAAGGCUAAAGCCAAAGGGCUCUUACAUCAGAUCGAAUAGUCGUAUCACCGGCACCAGAUUGAACAAUCCCACCAUCUCUUUGAUUUGCUUCAUCCAGAAAAUUUGUUUUCCACAUUAAACCCCAUCUCCAUCCAUUCAAUCGAACAUCUGUUCUAGUCUGUAUCAUGGAGAAAGAGCAGAAGCAAUCGGAUAGUACAAGCAACAAGAAUGAUGAUCCUCCAAGUUUAGAUGAUACCGGAGACAUUGAACCGGCUGAGCUCGUUCUCUUUCAAGUCCCUGAAUCUUACGUUUAUCUGAUACCACCAAGGAAAACUGCAGCUUCAUACAGGGCUGAUGAAUGGGAUAUAAACAAAUGGGCAUGGGAAGGAACAAUGAAAGUAGUAAGCAAAGGAGAAGAAUGUAUUAUCAGACUUGAAGAUAAGACUACAGGUGAACUUUAUGCACGUGCUUUUUUAAGAGAUGGAGAGCCUCAUCCUGUGGAGCCUGUUAUUGAUAGCAGCCGAUAUUUUGUUCUACGUGUAGAGGAGAACAUCGGUGGGAGGCUUCGACAUGCUUUUAUUGGUAUAGGAUUCCGAGAAAGACCUCAAGCUUAUGAUUUCCAAGCUGCUCUUCAUGAUCAUAUGAAGUAUCUUGACAAGAAGAAAACUGCUGAAGAAAUGGAACAGCAAUAUCAGCAAACGUCUGCAGUUGAUUACAGUUUAAAAGAUGGGGAAACCAUUGUGCUUCAACUAAAAAACAAAGGUGGUAAAAGCAUGAGGUCCAAGUUCUUUGAGCUAGGAUUAAAUAAUCUCCCGGAUCCAAACGAAAAAGGAAAGGAGGUGGGAGUGGGAAUCUCUCUUAUACCACCACCACCACCGCCAUCACCACUAUCACCGCCAGUUGCCGCUGUGAUUACGCCGCCCACGUCACCGCCAAACUUCACUCUUACUCCGAAAGAGAAAGAGAAAACGUUGUCCCCUGUUGUUGACAAGUCAAACGAGCCUCGGGCUAUUGACAAACAAAUCGCUCAAGAUGUACCCGAUGAAGAUUUUGGGGAUUUUCAAGCUGCUUAGUAUUAUGAAUGUUUGGUUAAAACUCGAAAGAAGUUACUUACUACUUUUUUUAUUAUUAUUAUCUGUUGGUAAAUAUGACAUUUUCUUUUAUAUAUCAAUCAUUUUUUUUAUAUAUAUGAAAUACCCAUCGGCUUGUAUUGUU